AUGCUUGCGCUUGCCGACUUCGUCUCAAAGGGCGGGCGCUGGAGCCGUGAGAUCGCCGCAAUGCGCGCCCUUUGUGGAACAAGGCGCUUCUGGAGCGGCCUUGUCAAGCUUGCUCUAGCAUUCGGAUUAUCCAAGUGGCUGCGCUCUUUGCUGCGCCAUUUCUGGUGGCACCGGGGCAUGUUCGUCAUGCUGCGGGCUUCGACCAUGGUGAAUCUUCGUCGUGUCUUUGGGCAGCGUCAGGAGUAUCACAUCGUGAUGCACGAGCACGAAGAGCUUGGAGAGGAGUAUGCAGUCUGGUGGCCGGAAAGGACCUCACAUCCACAGUCUCCUGAGAGGCUUUGGAUCUUGGUUCCAGGCGGAAUGAGCGACGGGGAUUCUGUUGCCGGCUACUUUGAUGAGCUUCUGCGCAGCAACGUGAUUGACAAGUCCAAAGAGGACUGGUGUCUCUUCCACAAUGCUGGCACAGGUGGAGCAGAAUGGCGAAAGCAGACCUAUGCAGGCCUCUCAGAUCCGGCGUUCCUCCUCGACUACCUCAAGCACUUGGGGGCCUACCACCAAGGUGGCAGCGCAAAACGACGAUGUCGGUAUAGUGAGGUUGUCGUUCUGGGCUUCUCUGUCGGCGGCAUGUUGACCCUUGCCACUGCCGACAAGAUAUUCAACGCGACUCACCACGUCAAGCUGGAUCAGGCAGCUGUGCGGACACCGACUCUUCUUACCGGGCGUUGGCAUUCCAAGCAGUGGGGCAGUACCCAGAAG